AAGUUAUUUCGUUUAUCCGUUCACCGUUCACAUUCCGAACAGAUCAGAAAAAAAUAACAAUUUUUCAAAAACUUAUUUUCAAGCAGGUGGCACGAUUGUUUGUGCUGUUUGUUGACAUUUAACCUUGCAUGGACUAGUUUUUCUAUGAGUUUUUCCCCUCAAAAUGUUGUCUUUCUCACGAAAAAUCGACAAAACCGCCUUCAGAGCCCUCGAAAAGCACCUCAUACUCGCAUACUCCACCUCCAGCGAACCCCAACGUGAAGAGGAAUUUCGCGUCCUCAACCUCAAACAUGUCAAAGGCCAAACUGUUCAACGUCGCUCGGUCCGAAAAGCCGAAAUACAGCCCCCUCGAACCACCCAAAUGCCCGUGGAUCAAGACUGGGGCAACGUGUGGCCGGGCCCCCGGUCUUUCCACCCAGCCACUGUUCCUCUGCCCAUCAGACAGGGUUACACGCCGACGGGCGUAGCCCCCGGUAAAUACGCCAACGCGGAGUUGAUGAAAAUCCCGAAUUUCCUCCACUUGACGCCCCCCGUGAUCAAAAGACAGUGCGAGGCUUUGAAGAAGUUUUGCACUCCCUGGCCCAAAGCCCUCGACAGUGACGAGAAGUGCGAGAGGUUUUUCCCCUUGGAGGUGGCCUCGAGUGACUAUUGUCACUCCUCGCCCACAAUCAGGGACCCCUUGGCUAGAAUUGUGAGUGUUAAGUUCAAAUUGGGGGUCUUGGGGCUUGAAGGCCGGGCCAAAGACAAGUUUUUGAGGCUUGUGGGGGAGCGGUACGACGAGCAAACUGACAUUGUGACUAUUGUAACAGACAGGUGCCCCCUCAAGAAGCAGAAUUACGAUUACGCGAUGUAUCUAAUCACAGCGCUUUAUCACGAAUCUUUGAAUGUUGAGCCGUGGGAAGAACUGAAAAGUGAGGCCGAUAUGGAGGUCUACAUUUGGGAAAAUAAUGCCUCAAAAACAAGCAUUGAAGCAUUGUUUGGGAAGGAAGCCAAGGAAAUUGAAAAUGUCGAACAAUAUUCACAAGCGGUGGUCCGAUAUAUGAACGAAGGGGAAAACCAAUACACUGUAGAGCAAUACGGGGACGCUGUCAGGAAAAUUCUAAACUUGCCUCCAGUCCCUAGAUAAUUAAUUUUAGUAUAUUGUAGGUGUAAAAAAUAAAAUGCGUAUCGAAAAUACAUUUUUGACCUCCUAA